AUGUCGACAAGUGUGAUGUUUAACCAGUCUCAAAGUGUAUCCAAGAGGCGGGCGGUGGAUAACCAAGAUUUCAUGGCUGUCAUUUUAGUUGGAUAUGGUGACAACCUUUACCCGUUCAACGAAGGUACAAACGUAGUUUCCAAAGCUCUCUUACCAAUUGGUAACGUACCUAUAAUAAACUCAGUUAUAGAUUGGGUAUUAGCAGCUGGCUUAAGAGACGUUUUGAUCAUUGUUCCACCAUCAUCAUAUACAUCAGUAGCGGAACAUGUAUCUGAACAUUAUUCAAUGGCAACUCAUCCAAGAGCGAGAAUAGAUAUCAAACGUACUUCAGAAGGUGAAAAAGAUGAUAACGAUGAAGAUCAAAUUGAACAUAAUAAGAAAAGUGAAGGUUUACAUGUAAACAGAGAAGGUACUGCUAGAUUGUUAAGGAGGUUCAAAAAUUGGAUUAGGACCGACUUCGUACUUCUCCCUUGUGACUUGUCAGCUCCGUCGACCUUAUCCCUCAGCUCCAUACUGGACAAACAUCGUUCAUCUCCAGAUGCGGUACUCACCUCUGUUUUCUACGAACCUACCGAAUCGGUCAAGGAAGGCGAAGAGAAAGUGAUUGUAGCAUUAGAUAAAGAAACGGAUGAACUAUUACUCAUCCAACCGAUGGAUACGUUGGAAACGAGUGAUCUGGAAUUAAGAUCAGCUUUAUUGAAUUCUCAUCCAUCACUAUCGCUAACGACUCGAUUAUCCGAUGCGCACAUUUACGUGCUACGUCGAACGUUCCUCGACCUGCUGUCAACUCGCCGAACGAAAGAUUUAGAUAGUAUGCGAGAACAAGUCAUACCUUGGCUGAUAAAAGGUGCUUGGCAAAAAGGAUUAGGGAGACAAUGGGCACCCAUCCUCAAUCCACCAAAGAAAGAUCCAUUCGCUGCUGCUCUUGCUAGAUCAACCGCUACAAAUCCAUCCUCAUCACCUUAUUCAACCUUGUCACCCGAUUCAUCACCCACAUCCGAUCAUACCCCAUUACCACCUACGACACCUGCGUCAACAUCAAAUGGCGGCUCUUUGCAAAAUAGUAUGAUCAUCGAUCCUGAAGAACACAUAAAAUCAUCCACAAAGAAGAACGUAGUAGGUUGGACAUGUAAGGUAAUCAUCUCCGCUCCAGCGCCAACGUCAACUUCUACUUCUGCUCAGCAACCCAGAGGCAAAGCGUCAAAAGAGAAAGCAACUCCCGUAGAACCUGAACAUCUGAUAAGGGCAAAUACUUUAGCUGGAUAUUGGGAAUUAAACCGGAAAUUCCUGAAAUCACUUUCAGCUUCAAACCAGAAGAUAACACAUGCUUCACCUCGACAAAAUGCAUCCUCAGAAGAGAGUAAUAACAGCGGUACAGCACCUGCCAUCUCACCUGCAGCUCAAAUAUCCCCCGACAGCUUGAUAGGUGAAGGGACGCGAGUCAACGAAAGAGCAAGUAUCAAAAAAUGUAUCAUUGGUAGACAUUGUAACAUUGGUAAAAACGCAAAAUUGACUGGUUGCGUUUUAUGGGAUUUCGUCACUGUUGAAGAAAAUGCCAAGAUUGAAAACACCAUCAUAUGUUCAAAUGGUAGAAUCGGCGAGAAAAGUCAAAUCAAAGACUGUGAAUUUGGUACUGGAUUUGAAGUCAAACCAGGUGCUAUACUGAAGGGUGAGAAAUACGUAGCUGGACAGGAAGUAUAG